CUUAGGGUCCUGUGCAUUGAGGGCGGGGCCCCCAUGUAGGAGGGUUUCAGCUUAUUUUGGUGGAUCCCAGAUUCUCGAUCAGGUUGGCAUCUGCAGGCUCUGUGAGCCAAUGUUAUCUUUCUUGGGACAUUGCUGAGUUGUUUUUGAAAUGUGAUGGGAUACUUUUGUCCAGCUGGGGGGAGGCUGCUGCUGACAUUUCAUCGUAAACAGGUUGAUGGUUGCUGUGCCUGAGCUUGUUGACACACAGCAGGUGAAAGAGGUUUUCUUGAUUGAAGUCGCCCGGUCAGGAUUAAAGCCACACCCAGCUUCAGGAGCAAGUGAUCAGUCAUGAUGGCUUUCUUUUGGCAAGGUGCAUUGCUUUUGAGCCUGGCAGCUGCCAUGUUGGUAUAUGCAGACAUGAAACUGGAAUGUAGGCCUGAUUUUGUGAUCCUGGUGUGGACAGAGAGCAGAUCCCAGGCUGACUUGUCACUCUUUCGUCUGGGUAACUGUUUUCCCACUAGUUUCUCAGCUCGGGCAGCUGUUUUCAACGUGGAUGUCAAUGACUGUAACUUCAGGAGAAUGGUGACUGGGGAUCAGCUGACCUACACCAAUGAUCUGACCUACAUUUCCUCUCCUGAUUCUCAUAUUCUCCCCUUCAGUCACCCAGUGGUCUGUGCAUAUGAAAGGCCCAAAGACUGGUACCCUAUGAUUUAUGACCCAGUGUUUGAUACAUAUGGUCAAGGAGAUCUAGUGUUUCACACUGAACUUAUGAAUGGUGACUUCUCAGGCCCUGCUGAGUCUACUAACUUCCCUCUGGGCUCCUUUAUCCCCAUCAUGGCUAGUGUGGUGCAGAAGACACAUCAGCCCUUGCUGCUGCUUCUUGAGGAAUGUGUAGCAUCUACCACACCUGAGCUGCAGCCUGAAAGCAUCAUAUACCCAAUAAUCAACAAUAAGGGAUGUCUUGUGGACAGUAAGAUAUCACGCUCAAAAUUCGAACCAAGGCAAAAAUCCUCCGAGAUCCACCUAUCCCUUCAAGCCUUUAGGUUUGCUCUGGGAGAAGAGGUGUUUAUCCAUUGCGAACUUGUGGCUUGGGAUCCCAUUGGCCUUGACAACACCAAAAAGGCCUGCCAUUAUAACAGAGAGCAUGGCUGGGAACUACUUGACAACUUGGCAUAUAGCAAUCUCUGUGACUGCUGUGAAUCCAGCUGCAAAUCCAGGAGGAAGAGGAGUCUGGUGUCAGGGAAGUAUGGAAUGGUACAAAAAGCUGUUCUUGGACCCCUCACAAUCACGGAUUUGAAUUCCUAGUAUCAUUACGGAACGGAUCCAUCUUACAACUUGUUCCUUCAGUCUGAAUGAGGUUUUUAAUCUUGGGUUUUGCAAGCUUCUAAAAGCUUGGGGUCUCUCUUUGGAUUUCAGAUUGUAAUUGGCCAUUAAAGAUGUAUCCAAACCACUCAAA